GAUGCAAGGCUUGCAGACUAUUUUGAUGUGAUUGCAGGAACAAGCACAGGUGGUCUUGUAACCGCCAUGUUAACUGCUCCAAAUGAUCGUCAGCGUCCUUUAUUUGCUGCCAAGGAUAUCAGGCCCUUUUACUUGGAUCACCUUCCAAAGAUUUUCCCACAACGCAGUGGCAUAUGGGGAUGGAUAGAAAGGAUGGUGAGAUCAUUAGGAGGACCAAAAUACGAUGGAAAAUACCUUCGAGAAGUGGUGAGAGAGAAGCUAGGGAAGACACGUUUGCAUGAAACGCUGACCAAUAUUGUGAUUCCCACCUUCGACAUCAAGUCACUGCAGCCAAUCAUUUUCUCCUCGUACCAAAUCAAGAUGUCUCCUUAUUUGGAUGCUCCACUAUCGGACAUAUGCAUCAGCACUUCUGCCGCACCAACUUAUCUUCCAGCCCACAGCUUCAAGAACAAAGGUUCAGAAGGGAACGUGCACGAAUUCAACCUUAUUGAUGGUGGCGUUUGUGCUAAUAAUCCGAGCUUAGUAGCCAUGAACCAGUUAACCAAGCAGAUCAUUAAUGACAAUCCUGACUUCUUCUCCAUCAAGCCAAUGGAAUAUGGUCGUUUCCUGAUAAUCUCUCUGGGCACCGGGACUCCCAAGAAUGAACACAAAUUCAAUGCUAAAAUAGCAGCAAAAUGGGGUCUACUCGAUUGGUUAACUAACAGUGGUUCAUCUCCCUUGAUCGAUGUUUUAACUCACUCCAGUGGAGAUAUGGUUGAUUUCCAUCUUGCUACUGUCACCCGGGCUCUUAAUUCAGAAAAAAAUUACCUUCGUAUACAGGAUGAUACAUUGACUGGUACAGAUGCUUCAACUGAUAUUGCCACGAAAAAAAAUAUGGAAAAACUUAGCCAAAUUGGUGAGAGGUUGUUGAAGAAACCAGUAUCUCAGAUCAAUUUGGAGACUGGUCUGUUUGAACCGUUGGGAGAUGGGGAGACCAACGAAGAUGCUCUCAGAAGGUAA